AUGCAUCAUCUAGUUGACGAUCGUUUCAUCGACACAAGUUGUCUACCUGUCUGUAAAGACUUUUACAAUCUUUGUUCAGCCCUACUUUACAGAGACAACAGUUUUACUUUCACUACAUAUAAAUCCAACAUUCAAUCUUUGGGUGUUGACAGCGGGUGCAUGUUAGAUGGAAAUAAACCCAGAAAACGAUAUCAGAAUGUGAAAUUUGAGAAGUCUGAUCCAAAUUUCCUUUCUCUCGAUGAUUGGAAUCAUGAAAUUGGCAAAGGCAUUUCCCAAAUUCAGGAUCCUUCCACGGUAGACCGAAUGAGUUGGCUGUACUACGACCCAUUUCUUCGAUUUCUUCAAACUAUAGGUUUGAAAAAUGCAGCGCUUUUGAAAACAAUUCAUUUUACUGGGAUGAUCAGGACCACUGUAAACCCUUUGAUUAGAGGUCAUAAUGUCUCUCCCCAGCCAGAUGAUAUGCGAAUGAGCUUACAAAUUUGCGUCAAAUUUAUCAACCAAUUUUGCCCAGGAAUGCAACAAAUCACCUUGAACAUUCAUCCAGAUGAAAAUAAAUAUUGGAGUUUCGAAGUGGACUUAGUUUCACUCUUGGGAGAUCACAUCAGAGAGCUGAAGACUGUCAAGACUUUGAUAUUACGUACUGUUUCUAUGAGUGAGCCUGAGAAGUACGUUCUCAUGAAAUUUGCCCUUGCAACAGAGACAAUGCAGUGGUUUGCGGACAGGUCGGCGAGAAGAGCAGCUGAGAAUCGGAGACUCGCAAGAUAUAUGUUUUAG